AUGAUUUACAAUACCAACGCUCUGUUUAAAGAGACACCCUUCGAUUUCGGCCAGGUUGACUUAUGUGAAGGCUUUGAACUUAGCCAGCAAAGCUUCAGAAUGUUUAAUGACUUCCCUUCAGUUUGAGAGCUAGACCCUAAUGAAAUUAUUGAGAAGAAAUGCAUGAGGGAAGAUCCUUUUGAUAACUUAUUUGGAACUUCUUCACUGCAAGAGAAAUUGUUUGAAGAGACUAUUGGCUCAAGCAAGAAACAGUUCUCGUUCAGCACACAGGAACUUAUGAACGAGAGUGAGUCCAAAGAAGCCCAAGAUGCAUCUUUAUCUGAGGAAGUUAAACAAGAAGAGCUUGUUAAGGAAGAGGAUUUGAAGAAGAAAUCCCCUAAGAAGAGGUCUAAGAGGCCAAAAAUUACUCAGAAAGUCAAAUCUUUCGAUAACAGGACUAGGUUUUGCAAAAAGCACGAUAGAGAGAUGUUCCUUGUCCUGAACAGGCUUUGCAAGGAGUCUCAGACCCUCCUCUCUGAGUUUGAAGGCACUGACUUCCCACUUACAGAUAAGCUGAUGCAGAUUCUUGAACAACUGAUUACUGAAAUCAAGUGGAGAAAGAGCAGAAAAAUGCAACUUUUGAAGAGAAUUAGAAAGCUCAUAAUGGUUAAAACAUUCUCAACUAGAGACCUCAAACUAUUGCAUACUCUUGUCUUACAACAUCAGAAAAAGAUAGGGUUCAUUGAUUACGAGUCAAUGCUAUAUUAUUUCCCAGGCAAGACUCCUGAGAUGCUCUCUUCUGUCUAUGAACCUUCUAAAAAUUCUUCUUAA